AUGAUGAUGAAUCAUCGGUCCCGCGCGGCCGCGGGUCCUCGCGUGCCUGACAAGAGCAAGGAGGGGUCAGAGUCUAAAUCAAAGACUCCCGACCUUGCAGAGUUUUUGGAAAAGCGCGACUGGUCUGGGGCCAUCACGCUCCUGGAGUACAAGCGUCAGGGGUCAUCGCAUGAUGCCAGCAACCUAGAAUGGCUAGCAUACUGCUAUUUUCACGCCGGCGAUCCUGGCAAGGCGCUCGAAACUUAUAGGGACUUAUUGCGCCUGGAAAGCGACCCUGACCCGACGUGCCACACUCUCUGCGCGGCAUGCCUUUUUUACCUCGGGCGCUACCAAGAGGCGGAGGAGGAGGCGCUACGCGGCCCGAAUACCAAACUACAGACUCGCGUUUUGUUCCAUUGCGCACAUAAAUUAGGUGAUGAGAACAAGCUCAUGACGUAUCAUCAGCAGCUGAGCGACAGCAUCGAAGACCAGCUGUCGCUCGCAUCAAUCCACUACCUUCGGAGCCACUAUCAGGAGGCCACGGAUAUAUACAAGCGCCUACUGCUGGACAAUCGCGACAAUCUGGCACUGAACGUUUACGUAGCCCUAUGUUACAACAAACUCGACUACUACGACGUGAGUCUGGAGAUACUCGGCGCGUACAUGCAACAAUAUCCCGAUAGUGCGCUUGCAGUCAACCUCAAGGCGUGCAACCAGUUUAAGCUAUUCAACGGCAAGGCAGCGGAGGCUGAGCUCAGGAAGCUACACAAGAAUGCAGGUAGCAGUGAUGCGUUCGCAGAUAACGACCUCAUCAGGCAUAACUUAGUCGUCUUUCGUGGUGGGCAAAACGCACUGCAGGUUUUACCGCCUCUCCUGGGUGUCCCUCCUGAAGCUCGUCUCAACCUUGUGGUUCAUCACCUGCGCGGUGGAGAGCCCCUUGAGGCGUUGAAGCUAGUCAAGGAUCUCGAACCCACCACACCUCAGGAGUAUGUACUGAAAGGUGUGACACAUGCUACCAUCGGGCAGUACAUGGAUCAAUUGGACGCUGAGGAGCAUCUUAAGCUUGCGCAGCAGUGCUUCCAGAUAGUUGGAUCGAGUGCCAGCGAGUGUGAUACAAUUCCGGGGAGGCAGUGUAUGGCGAGCUGUUUUUACUUGCUUCGGCAGUUUGAAGACGUACUCGUGUACCUUAAGUCUAUCGCGGAGUUUUUAAAGGAUGACGAUAACUUUAACUGGAACUAUGGUAUUGCUACAGCGGCGAGUGGCGAUUAUAAAACUGGAGAGGAGGCCCUCAUGUCCAUCCAGAGUGAAAGCUUUCGCCUGGAGUAUGCCUUCACAGCGUGGCUCGCUCGGUGCCACAUCAUGAACGGCAAAGCUCGCUUGGCAUGGGAACUAUACUUGCGGAUGGAUACGAACGAUGAAUCAUUUGCUCUAUUGCAGCUCAUAGCCAAUGACUGCUACAAAGUUGGCGCUUUUGUUUACGCUACGAUGGCAUUCGACGUGCUGGAGCGUUUGGACCCCAAUCCAGAUUACUGGGAGGGAAAAAGAGGCGCAGCAAUAGGGGCCUUCCAAAUGAUUGUCGCAGGUCAGGAACCAAAAGAAAGUCUCGGAGACAUCGUUAACAUGCUGCGUAAUACGUCGAAUCCUCAGGUUGAGUACAUCAUUCGCACGCUUACAAUAUGGGCAAGGGAAAAUGGUGUACCGUUGCAGUAG